AUGCACUCCAUCUCUCUUAUUGCUCUUCUCGUUCUCAUCGCCGGAGCCUCUUCUCAAUGUUUCGGAGGAAACUGUGGAGGAUGUUUCGGAAAUAACUGUGGAUCAAGAGUCUCCGUGAUUCGUCUUCCAAACAACAACAGAUGUUCGUGCAACCCUUGUUUCGGAAAUGGAUGUGCUCCAAGAUGCAGCUACUGUCCAAACAACUUUGGAUAUUCUUCAUGUUGCAACAAUAACAACUUCUCUUGCUGUGGAUAUGGAUACCGUUAUCGUCGUCAAGCUAUCUCUGCUGCUGCUUCCGAUGUUUCUUCGAAUUAA